AUGCUUGUGACAAAGGCAGCUCCCCCGGGUUUCUUGCCUGGCACCCUCCCCUUCUCACGCUGCGAUGGCUCGUACUUUGGGGAUUAUGUGGAUCGCGUAUUUGAUAAGGUGACGGACAUGGAGCAACGCCGACACAACCUGGAAGUGCUCCUUGAGGCCAUUACCAACUAUUAUCAGGACGUGUUGUCCCACGUCAUAUUGAUGGAGCUGCCCCUCACAGAUGCGAUCGUCAACGAUCCCGCCUCUGAGUUGGGCAAGCAGGGGCUCAGCCGUUUUCUCCUCCUAAUGCUGGGCUGUGCCGUCAAGUGUGCCAACAACGAGCGAUUCGUCUUGCAACUGCGCGAGCUAGACAGUGACGUGCAGCUGCAACUGAUGGAGAGCAUCAAUGCUCUUUUUGCGGGUGUCCUCGAGGUCCCCAUGUCUAAUUUGGAGGCACAGCCGACAGAAAAUCUGGUGGAGUUGUCCCGCUUGACUCUGGAGAAACUCAAUCUGGUUCUGGCAGAGCGCGACGACUACGCACGGCGCUUGUACCGCGCUGAAUGGACAAUGCUCGAAACUUCACGUUGCAUUGACCCCAAGAGUGAUCAAGAAGCCGCCAUUCAGGCUAUCCGACACGAGGCUGACCUCAAGGCUCACAUUCGCACACUCACAGAUGAGCUGGACAUGAAGGCGGAUGCCUAUGAUCAACUCAUGGUCGAGUAUGACGCGCGCCGCAACGACAUCAAUCGCCUCAAUACUCAGGUGCAAGAACUGCAAGCCACUGCCGAGGAAGCCCAGACAUUACGUGAUGACCUCGACGUCUUUGCCAACAAGGCACGAGACGCAGACCGCUACAAACAUGAGCUGGAGAGAUUGAAGCAACGGGUUGAGGACUUUGAAUAUGUGGAUAAACAGCGCAAUGAUCUACUUGAGCAGAAUCGCGUGCUGCGCGAGCAGGUUACGCGUGCACAAGAGUCAUCCCUGGCCGCUGGCAACAUGAAAGACGACCUUGAUGAGAGUGACCGCAAGGUCCAGACUUUAGUCAUCCAGGUUCGUGAUCUCAACGAGGCCAUUGCCGGUCAUCAGCUCAAGAAUCGACAGCAGUACAUCGAUUUGGCGCGGAAAGACGAGCAGCUGGCCGAGUUGAAGCGCGAGCUUGAAAGGUUGCAAGAGCGCGCAAACGAAGCUCAGCAGCGAGCCGAGCGCUCACUGGCGGAUGCGCAAGAUACGGUUCCUCUCAAGACAUUUCUUGAGGCUGAAACGGAGAUCGUUCGCCUUCAGACUGAGCUGGAGUCGGUCAAGUCAUUUCAAAAGGAUGCCCAUACCGCUCACGAAGAAUUGUCCACUAUGCGCGCUACCCUGCGAUCGGUUGAGGAAAGCUUGGAUGAGGCGCAAACCGAACUUCGUAAUCGCAUCGAACAGGCGGCAGCUCUCCAGCAACGUCUUGAUGCUGCCGACCGCGAAAAAGCGGAGCUGCAACGAAAGGCAGAUAGUAAUGCAGAGAAGAUGGCACGCAGCUUGAACGAAGAAUCUUUGCGCAAAGCAACCUUGGAAACACGCCUUGAUGCCGCUUUAAGCAAGUCUUUGGAGCUCAAGGACGAGCGCAUCCAAGUCCUAGAGGAUCGCCUUCAGGAUGCCAACAAGCAAAUCGAAGCGCUUCGUGAUAUCUCAUCGCGUGCGCCGGGUCUGCUCAUCGAUACGCAGGAUGUGGAAACAUACAAAUCACAUGCUAAUCGCCUUCGCCAAACGCGUCGCUCCUCCAAGCCCGUCAUCAGUAGCCCUUUGUCUGCACAACAGGAGCGGAGAGAUUCUGAUCUCGACCGCGACGAGGCCUUUCAUGCCGCCACUUCCGUCCUUCGCCAAGAGCUGGCGUCGUUGCGCGAUGAAAACCAGCGUUUGAAGAGCAACCACGAUCGCCUUGCGGACCAACUGGACGAUUCGCUGAUGCGCAGUGAUCUGAACGACAGCCGGGCAGCAGAUCUGGAAUCCAGCAAUGCAGACUUGGUUGACAAGGUGGAGCGGAUGAGGAAUCGAGCCAAAUCGGCAGAGCGGGACAAAGCCAAGCUGCGCAAGCGCUUGCAGGUCUAUGCCGAGAAAGCGGCCAAAAUGGUCCGCCUGCAUGAACAACAGCUAGAAGAGAAUCGUAACUUGGCUUCACAACUCGAGGAUGCGCUCAUGAGCAACACGGAGCUUCAAUUUGCCUUGCGGGACUUGCAACGGCAAUUGACGCAGCGUCAGGAGGCAUCCGAGGCCGAGACCGGCCCUGGCGCCCCUGCUGCCGAACCCGAGGAAAAGAAGCGCCGCGGCACAUGGUUUCGCCGCAAAAAAGGCCAGCCCAAGCUCAAGGACAAGCAAGGCUCACAGGAGAGCCUGGUGAUGCCGCAAGAACCGUCAACUCCGGUCAAUCAGCACAUUGCUCAGCUGGCUGCUCCAGCCAGCGUUGGCAGUCUGGGUCUUAAUAGCUCGGGAGGCUCGGAGACCAUGGGGCUGUAUGACAUCUUGCGUGAGGGCCGCAUGGACAUGGCGCGCCGAGGGUAUGGGAAAACGCCGGCCCACCCCCCUCCGCAAUCUCGCAUUCAUAAGGAGAGCCCCGUUCCUUUGCCGGGACACGCCAAUUCGCGUGAGCAAACCAUUCUCGAGUUUUUCCUUUCCGAGAAUCGCCAGCCUGAGUGGGAGCGUCGCGCCCAUGACCGGCAGCAGCACCCGUCGAAUGGAGCUGGCAACAAUGCAUCUGACGAACCCGCUCGGCGCCCGACAUCUCCCACUUUGCAACGCCAGCGCCGUAAUUUGUCUGGUGCAUCGCGACGUGGCCGCACACGCCAAACUUGUCGAAUGCUGAGCCAAGCAGCUCAUCACGUGCCCUCACUUUUGCAUCAUAGGGACAUGAAUCCUGAUAGUUCGGCCGAGUGGGACGUGGCUGGUACCGUCUAG